AUGCGCUCCAAGUCACUUCUCUUUGCUUCGUUUACUCUCUGCCUCUCAGCGAAUGCAGCUUCCAGCACUUCCUACUUCCCCAACGAGCUGCACGAUGGCCCAAUAUCCGCACAGUUUGUGUCAACUGGUGAAAACAUUGACAGACCAAGAAUUUCCCCAGGCGUCAACGCUUCUACAUUUGACUGGUGGUACUUUGACGUUGCUUCGACCUCGUCCGCCAACGAGACGAUCACAGUAGUCUUCUUCGAACGCGGCCCUACCGGUUUCCUUGGUAAUGUGACGACCGAGAACACUCUAUCUGUGCAGGUAACUGGCACGAUGAAGAACGGUACUGUAUACAACAUACAGUCGGAUGCAUCUGCGAAUGCAAGCGCAGUGAUCAAUACUUCUAACAAUUCGAUUUACGGCGACUGGGAGACGACCGGUUUCCGGUUCGCUGGUACCGAGGGUGGGACAAAGUAUACGAUCUCGAUCAACGAUGCUAAGCAUGAAAUCUUCGGUAGCAUCACCUUUGAAAGUACCGCACCAGGUCACCUUCCUUGUGGCACGAACUCGUCUGCCGGUGAAACCGAGCUUAUAACACCGCACGUCGGUUGGGCGAACAUCUUGCCUGGUGCGCAUGCCGCCGUCUCCCUUACUCUCCGCGGCGAAGAGAUACAAUACAAUGGUGUCGGAUACCACGAUAAGAAUUGGGGUGACGUACCGUUCGCAUCGAUUGUGCAAAACUGGUACUGGGGUCAUGCGAUCGUUGGGCCUUAUACGCUUGUCUGGUUCGAUGCGAUGCUGCGCGAUGGUCACGAAUACACUUCUGGAUACGUGUCAAAGAACGGUGUCUUACAGCUCGCGAGUUGUGCGGAAGGCCGACACUCCGUUAGGCCAUGGGGUGAAAACAGUGCCUAUCCACCUACAAACACGACCGGAAGAGCACAAGGGUUGGAAGUAUACUAUAAGCUAGAUGAUGGAGAUAUCUUGACGGCGAACGUUACCACUGGAGCUCCUCAGAUUGAAUUUAGCAACUACGCGCGUUACAUCGCUUCGGUAGAGGGAUCACUCUUAGGGUCGCAGAAUAGAAGUUACAGCGGUGUAGGAAUAUGGGAGCUUUUUCGAUUCUAG